AUGGAUGCCGUCUUUGUCAAUGAAACGGGCACUGAAAGAAGGCAAGGUCAGAACGAAGCGCUGCUGGAGCGCCUGGAGACGUUUCUUGGGAAUCUCUGUUGCCUCUGCACCUGCGACACUUGGUUUAUCGUCAAGACGCAUCUCCAGGCUCAGACCGUGGCCGCCUUUGCCGUGGGCCACCAGCACAACCACCAGAGCGUCUGUGGAGCUUUUGAGACCAUCUACAAGAAGCAAGGGCUGCUGGGACUGUGGCGGGGGGUGAACGGUGCUGUGCCCCGCGUCACGGUGGGCUCCGCAGUGCAGCUUGCCACCUUUGCCUCCGCCAAGGAGUGGGUUCUGAAGCACCAGUGGUUCCAGGAAGGCAGCUGGAUGGUGGCCCUCAGCGGUGGCAUGAUCAGCAGUGUGGCCGUGGCCGUGGCCAUGACCCCCUUUGACGUGGUGAGCACCAGACUGUACAACCAGCCGGUGGACGAGAUGGGCAAGGGCAAACAUUACCGGGGUUUCCUGGACUGCUUUGUGCAGAUUGUGGGCAAGGAGGGCUCCGUGGCCCUCUACAAAGGCCUGGGCCCGGCUUACUUCCGCCUGGGGCCGCACACCACCCUCAGCCUCCUCUUCUGGGAUGAGCUCCGGCAGCUCACGUGCCAGCACCAGGGAACCUGAGUUGAGGGAUGCCGCUGGAGGAGUCCGGAGGGGAGCAGAACGGGGCAGCCAACUGGAGGCGUGCAUCUUGCCCCCUUGUCAUCUCCCUGGGGGGAUGUCCCCUCCCCGCCGAGGACCUGGAUGCACCUGGGGGGCCAGAGGGCGGGCCUGAGCCAGCCCCCCCGGGCCUUUGUGGGGGGGCAAGUGAGGCGGAGGCCUCCUGGAUGGCACUGAAGAGAGCUGGGAACUGCGCCUCCCUUUCUCGGCUGGCUGGUGGGGGCUGCUGGCCGCCCCCCAAGACAUCUGUGCAGCCGGGUGGAGCCUGGCUGGAGGGCACACACCCCCCCCCCGCUGAAGUGGGAGCCAAACCGUGGGGAGGGCAGGCCGGAGCCACUCCAGCCCUCUGCUGUGGGGCAGCCUGGGGACCGCACCCCUCCUAAAGUCGUGUUUCCGGCCUUGGACUAAGGAUACCUGGAUGGCAAGAGCCAAGUGCAGUGGCUCACGGAGGCGGAGACCCACCAGGCAGUGCCAGGAGAGACGGGCCCCCUCCCUGGGUGGCCAGCUGCUGUCACCGGAGCC